CACAAUGUUUUGAAAUCUCGGCGAUUUCUUUAAUCCAAAUGAUGCGAGAUGUUCAAUAUUUUGGCCUUUUCCUGAAAAAUAUAAAAAAUGACGCCCCCUAAUUUGAGUUUCUGAUUAGAUCAAACUAUUAAAGGGUAAGUAGGUUUGAUACAAUAAAGAAUUACUACUACACUACCAUAAGGUAAGGAACAGAGAGCCAUGGCUCUGGCUCCGGUACCAUCUCCAACGAUCGGAGCACCCUUCGCCGGCGAUGUCGACAUGGGCAUUGAUUCAAAUCCACCCAUGGUUCGAGUCACCGUCGUUCAAGCCUCAACUAUCUUCUAUGACACUCCCGCCACUUUAGAUAAGGCAGAAAGAUUGAUCGCAGAUGCUGCCUCAUCUGGGUCGCAAUUAAUUGUGUUUCCUGAGGCGUUUAUCGGUGGUUAUCCGCGCGGAUCCAACUUUGGUGUCACAUUUGGUUAUCGUACCGCCAAGGGCAAAGAGGAUUUCCAGAAGUAUCAUGCUUCAGCCAUUGAUGUGCCUGGUCCUGAAGUUGAAAGAUUAGCAGUAAUUGGUGGAAAGUAUAAAGUUUAUAUAGUUAUGGGUGUAAUAGAGAGAGAUGGAUACACGCUCUAUUGCACAGUUCUCUUUUUGGAUUCCCAUGGGAAUUACCUUGGAAAACACCGUAAACUUGUGCCAACAGCAUUAGAACGUUUAAUAUGGGGGUCUGGAGAUGGAUCAACUCUUCCUGUGUAUGAGACUCCUAUUGGGAAGAUAGGUGCUGCCAUUUGCUGGGAAAAUAGAAUGCCUCUACUAAGAACAGCAAUGUAUGCUAAAGGCGUUGAAAUCUAUUGUGCACCUAAUGCUGAAGCCAGAGAUGUAUGGCAGGCAUCCAUGACACACGUUGCCAUUGAGGGCGGAUGCUUUGUUCUCGCUGCAAACCAGUUCUGUCAAAGGAAAAACUACCCACCUCCACCUGAUUAUGUAUUUGUGGAUAGAGAUGAAGAACUCUCACCAGAUUCUGUUGUAUGUGCUGGGGGAAGUGUCAUUAUUUCACCAUCAGGCGCAGUUUUGGCGGGACCGAAUUAUGAAGGGGAGGCCCUCAUUUCUGCUGAUCUAGGUAUGAUUACUUUCCUCCUGCCUUCGGUCAAGACAAAUAAUUACAAUUUGGUUUUCUUCCACAGAAAACAAUCUGAGCCAUGU